AUGAGAGAAGGAGACAACAAAGCCCUUGGAGUUGGGUACCUGGUCGAAUCUGACAAACUGUAUCUCAUGACUUCAAUCAACUUCUCAAAGAGAAAAAAGAAGAUGAGAAUCAGCCAAAAUCUUCCUGGGAAAGAGGUAAGAGAAAAAACUCCAAACCCACUGACUAGAAGACAACUUCUUAGCCAAGUGGCUAGCCUGUAUGACCCCAUAGGCCUUGCAACACCUACCAAACAAAAGGGAGCCAUUCUAGUCAGAAGAGCUUUUCAGGAAGCUGGAGGCAAAACUCUAACACGAGACACAUGGGACAAACCUCUGUCUGAAAGACUUAGAGAAGAAGCUAUCCACCUGUUUGAGGAAUACACACGGCUCAACCAAAUCACCUUCCACAGAAGCCUCACACCAGUCAAAAGAAUUGGAGGACCCUGGGGAAUAACGUUCUCUGAUGGCAACCACAUCAGUGGUGGAACCCCAGCCAAGCGGCUGUGUACCUACCUGGCAAAGAACAUCUACAUCGAUACAUCAGUCCAGAAAGGAGGCAUUUCCGGAAUGUCAGGAUGUCUGGAGCAUACCGGUGUGGUGACACAGCUUAUUCGGGAGGCCAGAGAAAACAAAGGCAAUUUGUCAGUGCUGUGGCUUGAUUUGGCAAAUGCUUUCGGUUCCAUUCCACACAAGUUGGUCCAGCUCACCCUGGUGAAACACCAUGUACCCAGCAGGUGUAGAGACCUCAUCGCUGAUUAUUACAACAACUUCAGCAUGAGGGUCUCUUCAGGAGCAUUAACAUCCAGUUGGCAUAAGGUGGAGAUCGGUAUCAUCACAGGGUGUACUAUCUCUGUGACGCUGUUCUCCCUAGCCAUGAACUUGCUCACCAAGUCUGCUGAACCAGAGUGCAGAAGGCCCCGUUCAAACUCCGGACAACGGCAACCACCCAUCAGGGCAUUUAUGGAUGACCUCACAGUCAUGACAGAAUCAGUCCCAGGCUGCCGGUGGAUUCUGAAGGGGCUCGAGAAGCUCGUGGGGUGGGCCCGGAUGCGUUUCAAACCCAUCAAAUCCAGAUCAAUGGUGCUGAGAAAAGGGAAGGUGGAGGACAAGUUCCGGUUCACCAUCACAGGCACAGCCAUCCCAACCAUCACAGAGAAACCAGUCAAGAGCCUGGGGAAGGUUUAUGACUGCUCUCUCAGAGACACUACAUCUAUUCAGUCAACCUGCACUGAGUUGGAUGGCUGGCUGAAAUCCGUGGACAAGUCUGGCCUCCCUGGGAAGUUUAAAGCCUGGGUCUACCAACAUGGCAUUCUUCCCAGGAUCCUAUGGCCCCUCCUGGUCUAUGCUGUCCCUAUCUCGACAGUUGAGACCUUGGAGAGAAGGGUCAGCAACCACCUCAGGAGAUGGCUUGGCCUACCAAGGAGCCUGAGCAGCAUCGCUCUCUACGGAAAUUCAAACAAACUGCAACUCCCUUUCAAAUCCCUGGAGGAGGAAUUUAAAGUAUCGAGAGCCAGAGAAGUGGUUCAGUACAGGGACUCAAGUGACCCGAAGGUGGCUAAGGCAGGGAUCCAAGUGAGGACUGGCAGGAAAUGGAAGGCAGAGGAUGCAGUUCGAGAGGCUGAUGCAAGGCUGCGCCAAAGGAGCCUGGUGGGAGUGGUCACACGAGGCCGAGCAGGGCUAGGUUCCUUUCCAACUCCCCAAAUCAACACCAGGGGGAAGGAAGGGCGACACCUUGUCCAGGAGGAGGUGAGAGCAGCAGUGGAAGAGACGAGAACCUGCAAGGCAGUGGGGAUGAAGCAACAGGGAGCUUGGACGAGAUGGGAGAACGCGGUCGAGAGGAAAGUGACCUGGGCAGAGCUGUGGAAAUCUGAGCCUCACCGCCUUAAAUUCCUCAUCCAGGCAGUGUAUGACGUGCUUCCGAGCCCAUCCAACCUGCACAUAUGGGGCAUAGCAGAGACACCAGCAUGCCCACUGUGCUCCAAGCGAGGAACCCUGGAACACAUCCUCAGCUGCUGCACAAGGGCACUUGGAGAUGGACGGUACAGGUGGAGGCAUGACAAGGCCAUUGCGGAAGCCAUCAGCACAGGCCUGGAGUGGGCAAAGCAGUUCCGUCCCUCCAAGAAAUCCAUCACCUUUGUCAGAGCUGGAGACAACCCAACUCCAGUCAGACGAACAACAUCUGCAGGCAUUCUCAUGUCUGCAAGAGACUGGCAGUUGUUGGUGGAUCUCGAACACCAGCUAAAGUUCCCCAGCCAUAUUGCUGUCACCACUCUGCGACCAGACAUAGUUCUUGUCUCGGAGUCCACCAAGCAAGCAGUGCUGCUGGAGCUGACAGUCCCGUGGGAAGACCGCCUGGAAGAAGCCUUUGAAAGGAAGCUCUCCAAAUACUCGGGACUGGUCAGCGACUGCCAGCAGGCUGGCUGGAGAGCAAGGUGUUUCCCUGUGGAGGUUGGAUGCAGGGGUUUCGCAGCCCGAUCAUUGGCCAGAGCCUUCAGUAGCUUAGGCAUCGAGGGAGAGAGAAAGAGGAGAGCCAUCCGCAGCACCACCGAAGCGGCAGAAAGAGCCUCAAGAUGGCUUUGGCUCAAAAGAGGGGAGCCAUGGAGUCAUGGUAGUUAG